UGCUUGCAGUAUUUGGAUGUGUCCGUCCUGGGUGAGCUGGUUCCCCGGCUGUGUGAACUGAUCAAAAGUGGAGUAGGCCUUGGCACAAAGGGAGGCUGUGCGAGUGUAAUUGUGUCCUUAACCACACAGUGUCCUCAGGACUUAACACCUUAUUCAGGCAAACUUAUGAGUGCUUUACUUAGUGGCCUGACGGAUCGCAACAGCGUGGUACAGAAGUCUUUUGCCUUUGCUAUGGGGCAUCUAGUCCGGACUUCCCGGGACAGUAGCACUGAGAAGCUGCUACACAAACUCAGCAGUUGGUACAUGGAGAAGGAAGAGCCAGUUUACAGAACAGGCUGUGCUUUAACCGUGCAUGCUAUGGGACGCUACAGCCCAGAUGUCGUGAAGAACCAUGCCAAACAUGUGCUGCCAUUGGCUUUUCUUGGCAUGCAUGAGGUUCCCGAUGAAGAAAAAGGAGAGAAAGAGAAUUCUACUCUAUGGACUGAAGUUUGGCAGGAAAAUGUACCUGGUACUCAGGGUGGCAUCAGACUGUAUAUGCAGGAGUUGAUAGCCAUCACUCAGAAGGCUCUGCAGUCCCAGUCCUGGAAGAUGAAAGCCCAGGGAGCAGCUGCUAUGGCAUCGAUUGCCAAACAGACAGGCUCCCUUGUACCGCCGCAUCUGGGAAUAGUGCUCUCCGCACUGCUGCAAGGCCUGCCAGGGAGAACCUGGACUGGGAAGGAGGAGCUGUUAAAGGCCAUUGCCAGUGUCGUCUCUGCAUGCAAUGCAGAGCUGCAGAAUUCAGUGCCUGGCCAGCCCACCGUCAAUGAUAUUGUCCAGGCCGUCCUAAAAGAAUGUCGGAAAGAGAACCUAAAGUAUAAGAUGGCAGCACUGCGCUGUGCAGCUGGGGUGCUGCAGGCGACAAAGGAAGACCGGUUCCAGGAUCUGGCAGAUAUCAUCUUUCCCAUGAUAAAGAAGAACUCUCUUGAGAGCAUGGGCACAGGUUUACCAAAGCAUGAUGAAGAGGACGAGGACAUGAGGGAGAAAGAGGUGCAGAUGGAGUCCCUGAUCUGUGCCUUCGAGACCCUGGGCAAAGCCUGGCCGAGGAGCCUGGAGACACAGCGUUGCUAUCGCCAAGAAUUUUGCAAGUUAAUGUGUGACCGUCUGAAACUCAGCACAUGGAAAGUGCAGCUUGGAGUGCUACAAGCCAUGAAUGCCUACUUUCAAGGGCUAAUGCUGUUUGAUGAGGAGCACUCAGACCCUGUGGCUUUGACAGAAAUACUGUUGGAAACCUGUUCAUCUAUCACCCAUUCUUUAGAAAACAAAAGCUACACGUCCAUAAGAACAGAAGCUUUGUCUGUGAUACAACUGCUGCUCACCAAACUGCAAGAAGCUCAACAGUGGGAAAGCCUGACAUCAGAAAGCAGAGAGCGCCUCAUUCGUUCAUUGUCUACAAUGGCAUCAGAUAGCAGACCUGAGCUACAAGAGAAGGCAUUUAUAUUGAAGAAAACACUUGAAAGUCUUGACUAA